UAUUUGUGAGAGAAAUUAAAGAUGGCAAAUUUAGGAAGUUCACUUCCUGUGCCUUGUGUUCAAGAAUUGGUAAAAAAGCCCAUGGUAACUGUUCCUUCCAGAUACGUUCGUCCAGAACGAAACGCACCCAUGAUUUCUGAUGCAGCUUUGAUUUCAGAGUUUCCAGUUAUUGACAUGAAGAAACUGGUGUCUGAUAAAUCAAUGGAUUCUGAAUUACUCAAGCUCCAUUAUGCUUGCAAAGACUGGGGUUUCUUCCAGUUGGUAAAUCAUGAGGUGAGCUCAUUGUUACUUGAGAAACUAAAGAAAGGGAUUCAUGAAUUCUUCAAUCUUGAAAUGGAAGAGAAGAAAAAAUUUUGGCAGUCACCUGGAGAAGUAGAAGGAUUUGGGCAAACCUUCAUUGUUUCAGAGGAACAAAAGCUUGACUGGAAUGACAUGUUCUUAAUGAUCACCCAACCACCCCAUCUCAGGAAACCCCACUUGUUUCCUAAGCUCCCCCUUCCCCUCAGGGAGGCUUUGGAAGUUUACUCCACAGAAAUAAAAAAUCUAGCUAUGGCUCUCACAUCAAAAAUGGCGAAAGCUUUAAACAUGAAAGGGGAAGAAAUGAUAGAGUUUUUUGAAGAUGGACUUCAAGCAAUGAGGAUGAACUAUUACCCUCCAUGUCCAGAGGCAGAGAAGGUUUUGGGGGUGCGUUCUCAUUCUGAUUCCACAGGUCUCACAAUUCUUCUGCAACUCAAUGAUGUUGAAGGUCUCCAGAUUAAGAAAGAUGGCAGCUGGAUUCCUGUUACACCGCUCCCUGAUGCCUUCAUUGUCAACAUCGGGGACAUGUUGGAGAUGAUCACCAAUGGAGAAUACAGAAGCAUUGAGCAUCGUGCAAUUGUAAACUCUGAUCAAGAAAGACUCUCCAUAGCCACAUUCUGCAACCCCAAAUACAAUGGUGAAGUAGGCCCUGCACCCAGCUUGAUCACCGAAAGAACUCCUCCAUUGUUUAGAAGACUGACAGUUGAAGAAUUCCUCACUGGCCUAUUUACUCAAGAGAAUAGCGAUAAAUGUUAUCUCGAUACCAUGAGAAUACACAACGGUGAAGACAAGAACUAAUUGUGGGUUUGGUUGAUGAAGUGCAAGAUUUAAUUAGCAUGAAUCUUUGAAGGAAGGCUAUAAUCUUUGAAGGAAGAACUAUUUUAAGAAGGCUAUAAUCUUAGAGUAACACUAUAUA